AUGCGCAGCCAUUCUUUAUUUAUCCUCUUCUUGGUUACUGUAUUUUGUUUGGUGAAUGUGGAAAUUGCGGAUGGAUUUGGAAUGAUGGAAAUUGAGAAAACGGCAAAGGAAUGUUGUACAGUUUCGAGAAGACAAUGUUGUAUUGAGGUUAUGAAGUUCGGGUAAGUUUUUUGGCCUGCAAAAAAUCCGUUUUCAGAAUCGAAAAACACAUUGUUCAAAGUUUGAUAUUUCAAAGUUAUCAUGAGAUUGAGACAAUACGCUCCAAAAAGUUUACUGUUUCAAAAUAAAAACAAAAUCUGUGUGCAGACAUUGGAAACUAUUAUUUUUUAAGUUCCUAACAAAACUGCUUCGAAGUUUUCAAGAAAUCUGGAAAUUAGAUAAGUUCUGGAAGUCGAGUUCGUGCUCCUAAAAAAUCCAAUUUAUAAAAUGAAAAAAUAAAUUUCACGACAAAAUGUUCACGCUCUAAUUCAAAUUUUCACGUCACCUUUUUUUCUCAUUUUCUAAUUUUUUUUCAAACCAAUUUUCGAACUCAGUGAAAAUCCAACCUCCAAUAAAUUGUGCUAACCACAUACUUGUAUACUAGUUGCUCCGAGGAAAUUUAUCCUAACUCUUACCUUUUUGGUCGGUGAGGAGAAGAGAGACAAUUGGUAUUGUUUGGAGACAAAAAAGGAGGCGUUGGAUUUUGGGAAAACUCGACAACUUGAAGAUUGAGAUUUGGAACUAGGAAAAUGAUAUAUCAAAAAUUUACACGAUCUCAAAAAACCUUUAUUUUUCAAAAUUCUCAGGGCCCGUCAGCAACUUCUAGAAAAAAUAUCUGAAAAUCCAAAAUAUUUGCAGCCGCCCCGCAAAAUGUGGCUACGAGAACAACGCUGAAUGGGCUGAAAUCUUCUACAACUGUAUCCAACGUGGACUUUUGGCCGAGGAUCAAAGAAUGAGUUUGGAUGGUGAGUUAGUCUAACUUCCCAAAGGCAUGCGCAUCUACCGACUCAUCACAAUAACAAUUAAUUGAGUUUAUGAGUUGUUUUCACCAUCUGUUGAUGUUGAGAUACGCUAUGUUCGCACAUUUUGGGAAAUGAGUCAGGAGAGAAACAGAGUUAUUGUAUGCACUUGGUUUUUGUUGAUGGUAUGACAGUACAAUUUUUGGUUAGAUAGAAGAUUGAAGAUCUUUUGGAUUUGGAAAGAAGAUUAUGGGGAUAAUCUGGGAUUUUGAUGAUUCGACAGUUUUGAGAACUUUGCGGAAGUUAGCACAACUUUCCAUAAGAUUUUUAGAAGAAGAUGCAUUUCUAGAAAGUUCUGAUCAAUUUUCAGACGUAAAUCUAGAUUUGCAAUGCCUGUAAUUUUAGGAGUUCUAGAUUAUCAAAUUAUAAAAAUGGAAACUGAAUUUUCGAGACUAUGAAACUUAUCAUAUUUAUGUACAGUACCCAUAGAUUUUGAUAAAAUUUUAAGGCCCAAAUACCAAGCCUGAACUAUAAAUUAUUUUCAAGAGAUUUCGAGUUCAAUAGCUCCAAAACAUCUACAGUACCCCCUGAGCCCUCUCUCAUUUUCCACGUGUUUUCCAAGUAUCUCUCCUCCAACGCCACAAAAACUUACAUAAUAAAUACAAUAGAUCACUCCACGCCACGCCAUCCUCUUUUUUUCAUCCCUCUCUCUAACUCUCUCCAUUUUCUCAUACUCUUUUCCUCUUUUCGUAUGCCCUACGACCUUCCUUCGAGCAACAACUAUCCCACUUAGGCUCCGCCCAUUGAAUGCUAAUAGGAGGAGGCAGGAGGGACCAUAAGUUAGUUGUAUUCAAUGUAGAUUAUACGGUUUGGUGAGUAUUCUUAUUGGGCUGGGAAUCUCCAGAGCUGUUCAGAUCCCAUAGUAUUUCUAGAUAUUUUCAGAUGGUCUUUGCUGUCAGGUGUUUGCUCACGACACUUCUGAUUCUAGUAAACAUUGUGAGAAUACCUGCAAAAUUGCGAUGCAUUCACCAUCUCUGAACAAAACUGAAAGAUUUGAGAAGAUCAAGAAAUGUUCGAUGCUCGAGAAUCCGCUGGAUAAGGUUGGUUUUUUUUUUUACUAAAUUUAAGGAGGGGUCAAAGUUCUCUGAAAAAUUUUUUAGAGCUUUCAUUUUUUAUGAAAACAGUGUCAGAUUUUUGUACAAAUGAUCACAAUUCUGAGACUUUGAACGAAAACAAACUGGUUCCAAAAAAUUUCAAACCAGAUUUCUCAUUCUAGCUUCGAAAACAAUUUGAAUCAUGAACUUAACCUUAUAUUGUAUUUUGUCUGAAAUUAAUUCCAGAUUGAAUUUUUGAAGAUAUUCUUACCUGACUCGAUUUUGAUCCAGAGAUUUACUAUUUCAUGAAAAAUAAAAGUAUGUAUUGAUUUCCAAACCCCUAAUAUUAAAUUUUCAGUGCUUCCACAAUUGUCUCAAAAUGCGCCAAAACGGUUUCUCAGUUCAAGUUCUCGAUUUCUCCGAAUACUGCAACUACACCUCAACCCCCUGA